AUGAUGCAAAGAACGACACGGACAUGGGAGGAGCUGCGAAGUAGCGCUCGGAUGGCUGAGCGUGUGCUUGAAGACAAGAUUGCCGCUUAUACAGAGUUAAGUAGAGCUCAGACACGUAAUUCAGUGGCGGUGUAUGACGAAGAGAACCCUCGAGAAGAGACUGCAGAUGAAAAAGAGUUGGCGGUUGAUAUUGAGAAUGCAUUAGCAUUGCUUUCAGAUACAAUCGAUGAGAUGAAUGUCGUCGUAGAUAAGACGUCAGUGAAGACACAGGAUGCCAUGUUACAACGCUAUCGUGAGCUCUACUUUGACUUCAACACGGAAUUUCGUCGUUCAAUGAGUGCGCUGCAAGAAAAACGUGAUGCUCAGAAGCUGUUUGGCAAUAGAGCUCACACUGGUCACUCGGACGAUGUGGAAAUGGACUCGCUGCUGAAUGAGCGCCGUGCAGUAGACUCGUCGCGCUCUCUUACUAGCAGCAUCAUUGAGCAAGCGAUGGCAACCAGCAACGCCCUGGAGAACCAGCGUCGGCAGUUCACGUCGUCGCACGGCAAAGUGGCCACACUGGGCAGUUCAUUCUCAGGUAUCAACACGCUUGUGGCACAAGUCCGUCGUAAGAAGAUGCGCAACAACACCAUUCUCGCUCUAGUGAUUGCCGGUUGCGUCUGCUUUACGCUCUGUAUGGGUGAUCGCGGAGGAAUAUCGCUGCUUGUGCGUAACAUUAGCCGCCGUUUAAGACCGGAGGAUAUCCGUAAAGAGUUCGAGAGCUAUGGCGAAGUUCGCGACGUUUACAUUCCCAAGGACUUUUAUACAAAGGAACCUAAGGGCUUUGCGUUUGUCGAGUUCCGUAGCGAGCGCGAGGCAGAUGAUGCGCGCCGCAGUUUAGAUGGCGUACGCAUCGAUGGCCGUGACAUCCGCGUCGUGUUUGCUCAGGAGCGUCGCAAAUCGACGGAUCAGAUGCGCGACCGCGAAAGGACGGAGAAACGUGGAAGAGGCCGCCGCUCACGCUCAAGAUCGCCACGCCGUCGUGUUCUGCGUCACCGGUCUCGCUCUCGCUCUCGAGAUCGUCGGGCUCCAGCUCGUCGCUCGUCUCGUUCGCGAUCUCCUGUAAAGUGCCGUUCGCGCUCUCGUUCUCGGUCUCGGUCUCUCGUGCGAUCGCCAGCUGCUCGUUCACCUUCGCUACGAAGAUCGGCUUCUCCUCGUGUGCCGAGGUCGCCACGUCGGUCAGUAUCCCCUCGCCUUUCAGUGCCCCCAGCUGCUCGAUCGCCGUCACUGUCGCAUCACUGCAAUAAGGACCGUUCUUUGUCGGCAUCUCCUCGACGAGACGAAGGCCGUUGCCGUUCGCCGUCGGGAUCUCCCCGUCGCUCAAGUGGCCGGGACUAA